GAACAUAGAAUACAGGCGCCAGCAGCAGGCACAUCUGUCUGCUGACAUCUAUCAGGAGGGGAGACACAAAGAUAGACCCCCCGGCUCUUCCCUUUCCGUCCAAGUGUAAGUCUGCCUGCCUGACUAGUCGAUUUCUUUCAAAGCGUUCUAAGCUGGUUGGAAGAAGGAGGAAACGAUUAAAGCGGUUUAUUUUGUGGAUUCACUUUGGAUUAUUGCCCCUUUCUGGAUGAUCCAUAGAAUUGCCGGUGAUUCUUUCUGUGACUUUGUAACCUGUGGUUUACUGUCAUUUGGACUGUGAUGCAGCAGUGGGCUGAGCUAAGCAGCCAAUCUUUAACUGUUGACUUAUCUCCUCUAUGCUAAUCAUCACUGCUGUGGGUUAAUAAACUAGGCUUGCUGCUCUGGUGAGGCUCUUUUCCCUCACUCUGUGGAUCCUAUUCAGUCUUUGAGGGGAGGAGUGAGCAGUUCCUGUGGAUUAUAUUACUGCCACUUCGUAGCUGCAUACUAUCAUGAGAACUAAAACAGAAAAAUCCCCUCUAAAAGCUUUCAUGAAACAAAGGAGAAUGGGAUUGAAUGAUUUCAUUCAGAAAAUAGCCACCAACUCCUAUGCCUGCAAGCACCCCGAAGUUCAAAAUAUCCUGACAAUUUCAGAGCCUCAAGAACAGGAAUUGCUGGAUGAAAACUCCUCACCACCUCCAAGCCCAUCUCAACAGAUCAAUCUUGGUCCUUCAUCAAACCCUCAAGCUAAGCCGUCAGACUUUCAGUUCUUGAAAAUAAUUGGAAAGGGCAGCUUUGGGAAGGUGUUGCUUGCCAGACACAAAGCAGAUGAAAAAUUCUAUGCUGUUAAAGUUUUGCAGAAAAAGGCCAUCCUAAAGAAAAAAGAGGAAAAACACAUAAUGUCCGAGCGUAAUGUGCUAUUGAAAAAUGUAAAACACCCGUUCCUGGUUGGGCUCCACUUUUCUUUCCAAACAACAAGCAGAUUAUACUUUAUCCUGGAUUACAUCAAUGGAGGAGAGCUGUUCUACCAUCUCCAAAGAGAACGCUGCUUCUUAGAACCUCGCGCUCGUUUUUAUGCUGCUGAAAUAGCCAGUGCACUCGGAUAUCUGCAUUCUUUGAAUAUUGUUUAUAGAGAUUUGAAGCCAGAAAACAUCCUUUUGGACUCACAAGGUCACAUUGUCUUGACUGAUUUUGGACUUUGCAAGGAGAACAUUGAACCCAAUGGAACAACCUCUACUUUCUGUGGCACACCUGAAUACCUUGCACCAGAGGUCCUUCACAAACAGCCUUAUGACAGGACAGUCGACUGGUGGUGUCUUGGAGCAGUGUUGUACGAGAUGCUGUAUGGCCUGCCUCCAUUCUAUAGCAGGAAUACAGCUGAGAUGUAUGACAAUAUAUUGAACAAGCCACUGCAGCUUAAACCAAACAUUACCAACUCUGCCAGAAACCUUCUGGAGGGUCUUCUGCAGAAGGAUCGAACUAAAAGAAUUGGUGCCAAGAAUGACUUUAUGGAGAUUAAGAACCACAUCUUUUUCACUCCAAUUAACUGGGAUGAUCUCAUCAAUAAGAAGAUUACACCUCCUUUCAACCCAAAUGUGAGUGGGCCUAGUGAUUUGCAACACUUUGAUCCUGAAUUCACGGAAGAGCCUGUUCCAAAUUCAAUUGGCGAGUCUCCUGACAGCAUCCUCAUAACUGCCAGUAUUAAAGAAGCUGCAGAAGCAUUUUUGGGCUUUUCCUACGCCCCACCUAUGGAGUCUUUCCUUUGAGUGGUCCUUGUUUGCCUUCUGGCCAUUUACAGUCAAGUCACUCUGAUUAGUCAAUUUUUUUGUUAUCUAAUAAUAUAUGAAAUUGCACAUCCUUCAUGACAGCAUCACAGCCUUAAUUUUAACAACAUCGUCAUUUUGCUGGAAGGGCGCAUUCGUGGAGUCAAGUCACAAAAAGGGCGAACUUAUAUGGACACUGCCCUCUAGUGUCAAGCUUAUGUCGAGAAGAACUGGAAGCGUCAGUGUGGCUGUAGAUCCCUGGCAAUGCUGUGAUAAACAGGAAAAAAAUUGAAGACAAGCAGCAUACAACUGUGUCUUUAGUAUGGGUUAUUUGCAAUGUGCCUUUCUCCAUUCAGAGAUAAUGUCAAGCUCAAGAUCUGUCCACAUGAGAUGGAAUUUCUUGAGUUGUGAUGGGUUUAUACAAGUGAACAAUGUUGUGAAUGUGACGCUUUUCACAGAGUAACUGUGGUUUUCACACGUUAAUGUGAUGCGUAAUGAUCACUAAUUCUGGGGCAUUGUACUUUUCUUCCAUAUGUGGAAGCUAAAAUUAAUGUAGCUGCAAGUUUUGUUUGUUUUAGGUAGUACUAACUAAAUGUAUUGCCAUCUGACUUGUGAUGACCUUUGUUUUUAUAAUGCUUCUAGGAAAGCAUUGCUGCUAUUCAGAUUUCUAUUUUUAGAAAUGGGUUUUAUGGACCAAAAUGCCCCAUAUUUAGUUGUUCAAAGUUGUAAUAUGUGAUUUAAAUAAACAUGUAUUUAUGUUAGUUUUUUUAACAUUCCUGACCAUUUUGUGCAUAUUGUAUAUAAUCAAGAGCUGUAUAUUUAAACAGACAGAUUUACGUGUAAGAGUUAUACAUAAUGCCAAUGUACUGUAAUUAAUAAGAUAAAAUGUAUCUUUUUUUUUUUUUUGUGACCAAACCAACGGUUUGCAAUAAAACUUUGAAAAUA